CACUUUGGUGUUGCCAUGUACGACUGUAAAUUCCUUCCGGAACCAUUCAGCACUGGACUACUGUUCCUAGACGGACGUGUUUCUCAGACACGCUUGUCCACAGACGCGACGUUUGAAAUGGCUGUUACCCUACACACAGAUCUAGGAGAAAUUAAAAUUGAGUUGUUUUGUGAGCGCUCACCGAAAUCCUGUGAGAACUUUCUGGCGUUGUGUGCCAGUGGGUUCUACAACGGCUGCAUCUUCCACCGAAAUAUUAAAGGUUUCAUGGUUCAGACUGGAGAUCCUACGGGCACGGGUAAAGGAGGAACAAGUAUAUGGGGUCGCAAAUUUGAAGAUGAGUACAGUGAACACCUAAAACACAAUGUGAGAGGAGUGGUCUCCAUGGCGAACAAUGGCCCCAACACAAAUGGCUCCCAGUUUUUCUUCACAUAUGCCAAACAGCCCCAUCUAGACAUGAAGUACACCGUGUUUGGAAAGAUCAUCGAUGGCCUGGAAACUCUGGAUGAACUGGAGAAGCUGCCCGUCAAUGAAAAGACGUUCCGGCCACUGACUGAAACCCGGAUAAAGGAUGUGACCAUUCACGCCAACCCUUUUGCCGGAUAGACGACUUUCUCUUCAAAACAUGCAGAUAGACCUUUAACGCAGGCUGUUUCCAAUAAGCCAGUUGAUACAGUUUAUAAUAGCUUGCCAAAGUUAAAGUGGAUAACUUGUCAGAGGCUAUAAAUUGGAGGGAGAGCACCCUCAGACCUCAACAGGACACUGCGUCUGAAACUGUAAUUGCUGAGUUUUCUUAACAAGAUUAUGUUUUUAUCCCAGCAGUUUCUGAAGGUAUGACCCAAAAUUUAAAUGUCAUUUGUCACAUUAAUCUCUGUCCGUGGAGUGGUGCCAGAUUUUGCAUCCCAAAGCUAAAUUCAGGGGUAUGCUUUCUUCAGUUUCUAGCAAUGUAUACUUAUGAAUUUUGGUUUGACGUGACAAAGUAUCUGUAAUGAAGAAGUAUAGGUUAUUAUUCACCUAUUUAUCUUCAUGCAUCCACUGUUUGGUUCAAAAGCAGAACACAGCCCAUGACUUUCCCAAUGUUUUGUACUAAAUAAAACUUUUGUAAUUAA